AUGGUAAAGCAGCAGGGAUCCAGGAAAACCAACUUGACCAACGAAGAUGAAGCAUAUGAAGCAAUUUUUGGCGGAGAGUUUGGCUCUUUAGAGAUCGGGUCAUACAUUGGUGGGGAUGAAGGUGCCAAUUCAAAGGACUAUACGGAACAUUUACCGGAUGCUGUAGAUUUUGAGGACGAAGAUGAACUUGCUGAUGAUGAUGAUGAUGAUUUAUCAGAAGAAACGGAUGCUAACUUGCAUCCAACUAUGAUGACUAUGGGCGCAUACGAUGAUGGAAAUGAGAACGGUGCCAUACUGGGUAUGGACUCAAAUAGUUUGAAUCUACAACUACCCGAGCUUAAUGGUGACUUAUCUCAGCAGUUUAUUUUGGAGGAUGAUGGAGGUACUCCUGCAACCAGCAACGCUUUGUUCGUGGGAAUGGAUGCAAAUGAAAUUCAUCUCGCCACUGAAACAGGUGUUCUUGAUGGUAGUGGCGGAAAUGAAAUUGGGCACUCUCAACUUUCGAUUAGCAACGUUAAUGCAAAUAAUAUGUCGAUAAAUGAUGGAUUUACCAUGGAACCAGAGAUACCAGAUAAUAAGCAUAAGAAACCUACUAAAUUAGACUUGAUAAACCACGAGAAGUAUCUUCUAAAGAAAUACUUUCCUGAUUUUGAAAAGGGUAAGAUUUUAAAAUGGAACAAGCUGAUUUAUAGAAGAUAUGUGCCGUAUCAUUGGCACAGGGAAACAUCUAGAGUGAAGAAACCGUUUAUGCCCUUAAACUUGAAAUUCAAAGUCCAACAGGAUGACAAGAGGGUAUUCAACUCAAGGACAACAUCUUACGUCGCCCCAAUUUAUCAAGGAAAAAAUAAUUUACUCCAAGAUAGCUCUUUUGCGUCUCGAAGAGGUUUGAUUCAUGUUUCCAUUGAUGAACUUUUCCCUAUUAAAGAGCAACAAAAAAAAAGGAAAAUUAUUCAUGAUGAAAAGACGAUAUCCGAAGACUUGCUAAUUGCCACUGAUGAUUGGGACCAAGAAAAAAUCAUUGAUCAGGGUACGUCAUCUACAACAUCUUUAACAGAGGCUUCUAUAACACCUAACUUGAAGUCAUCUAGCCGUUAUAAGUUGAAGAGCUUGGUUGAAGAUGUUGCUGAAGAUUGGCAAUGGGAUGAAGAUAUGAUAAUUGAUGCCAACUUGAAGGAGUCCAAACAUGCUGAAUUGAAUAUGAAUGACGAAAAACUGUUACUAAUGGUUGAGAACGCGAAUAAUUUAGCGCAGCAAAAGCGGCAAUUGGAUAGCAGUAACUUAAUACUGCCUAUUAAUGAAACUAUUUUGCAACAAAAGUUCAAUUUAUCUAAUGAUGAUAAAUAUCAAAUCUUGAAAAAAACGCAUCAAACAAAAGUCCGUUCUACCAUAUCAAACUUAAAUAUUCAGCACUCUCAGCCCGCAAUUAAUUUACAAUCUCCAUUUUACAAAGUGGCUGUUCCUAGAUAUCAAUUGAGGCAUUUCCACCGUGAAAAUUUCGGUUCUCACAUAAGACCAGGCACUAAAAUUGUCUUCAGUAAACUAAAAGCGCGUAAGAGGAAAAGAGAUAAGGGUAAAGAUGUCAAAGAAUCAUUUUCUACAUCUCAAGAUCUAACCAUUGGUGAUACUGCUCCUGUUUAUUUAAUGGAAUAUUCAGAACAAACACCGGUCGCGUUAUCUAAAUUUGGUAUGGCCAACAAAUUGAUUAAUUAUUAUCGUAAAGCCAAUGAACAAGAUACCUUAAGGCCCAAGUUGCCUGUUGGUGAAACUCACGUUCUGGGUGUUCAAGAUAAAUCACCAUUUUGGAACUUUGGGUUUGUUGAACCUGGUCAUAUCGUUCCCACAUUAUACAAUAACAUGAUUAGGGCACCCGUUUUUAAACAUGAUAUAUCAGGAACAGAUUUUCUUCUGACAAAAAGUUCGGGUUUUGGUAUAAGUAACCGAUUUUACUUACGCAAUAUCAACCACCUUUUUACAGUAGGACAAACUUUUCCUGUCGAGGAGAUUCCCGGACCUAACUCAAGAAAGGUUACAUCAAUGAAAGCUACAAGGUUGAAAAUGAUUAUCUAUAGAAUUCUGAACCAUAACCAUAGCAAGGCAAUUUCUAUUGAUCCUAUCGCAAAGCAUUUUCCCGAUCAAGAUUAUGGACAAAACAGACAAAAAGUAAAGGAAUUCAUGAAAUAUCAAAGGGAUGGCCCUGAAAAAGGUUUGUGGAGACUUAAAGAUGAUGAAAAACUGUUAGACAACGAAGCCGUGAAAAGUUUAAUCACACCAGAGCAAAUCAGUCAAGUUGAAUCAAUGAGUCAAGGCCUACAAUUCCAGGAUGAUAACGAAGCAUAUAAUUUUGAUUCUAAACUAAAAUCUCUAGAAGAAAACUUGCUACCAUGGAACAUCACAAAAAAUUUCAUUAACUCUACACAAAUGCGAGCCAUGAUCCAGAUACAUGGUGUCGGUGAUCCAACGGGCUGCGGGGAAGGGUUUUCAUUUCUGAAAACGUCAAUGAAAGGUGGUUUUGUUAAGUCUGGUUCCCCUUCUGGUAAUAACAAUAGUUCAAACAAAAAAGGCACCAAUACGCAUAGCUACAAUGUUGCUCAGCAACAAAAAGCUUACGACGAAGAAAUUGCCAAGACCUGGUAUACACACACAAAAUCGUUGAGUAUAAGCAACCCUUUUGAGGAAAUGAACAAUCCUGACGAGAUUAACCGGACUAAUAAACAUGUUAAGACAGAGAGAGAUGAUAAGAAAAUUCUGAAGAUCGUUAGAAAGAAAAGAGAUGAAAACGGUAUAAUUCAAAGACAGACAAUUUUUAUAAGAGAUCCUAGAGUCAUCCAGGGGUACAUGAAAAUUAAAGAACAGGAUAAGGAAGACGUUAACAAAUUAUUAGAAGAGGACACUUCAAAGAUAAAUAAUUUAGAAGAACUUGAGAAACAGAAAAAACUGUUACAAUUAGAAUUAGCUAAUUUGGAAAAAUCACAGCAGCGUAGAGCAGCAAGACAGAAUUCGAAGAGAAAUAGCGGUGCCACAAGGAUAGAAAACUCGGUGGAUAAUGGUGGCGACCUUGCCGGUGUAACCGACGGCAAAACACCCAAAAAUAAAAGCAAGAACACCACGAGAAGAUGCGCUACAUGCGGUCAAAUUGGGCACAUAAGAACAAACAAAUCGUGCCCAAUGUAUAGCAGCAAAGAUGAGCCUGUUUCACCGAAGUAG